AUGGAGAACUGUAACAACGGACCGGCGGCCGCCGAUGAUUUCAAGGUGGUGGUGCCGGCGCACCCGCUGAUCAGCCACUGGGUCUCAGUGCUCCGCGAUCGCUCCACCCCUUCCCAUGCCUUCAGGAGUGCAAUGGGGGAGUUAGGGAGAUUGCUAAUCUAUGAGGCAACUCGGGAUUGGUUGAUUGUACCUAUUCUUAGAGCAGGGCUUGCUCUUGCAGAUCUUGCAACAUCAAUUUUGCCAUCAACUAGAACUUUCCAUUUAGGUGAGAAAAAAUAA